UGCAACCGGCUUUGUCAAAAUGUCUUCGCCUGCUCCUGCACCUAAAUCGCCCGAAUUAUCAGAUAAAAGCAAAAAAUAUGAUAGGCAAAUUAGGCUAUGGGGCGAGCAUGGGCAAACGUUACUUGAGGCGGCAACAAUUUGCUUGGUAAAUGUGACAGCUGUUGGCUGCGAAACAGCAAAAGGACUUGUUUUGCCUGGCAUUGGUGGCUUUACCGUAACCGAUGGAAGCUCGGUUAAAGAGGAGGACUUGGGCAAUAAUUUUUUUUUAGAUGCCAGCUAUCUUGGAAAGUCAAAGGCUUUGGCAUGUAUGCAGCUGCUGCAGGAGCUGAACCCAGAUGUUAAUGGCGACUAUGUAGACGAAAGUGUCGACUAUAUACUGUCAAAUCGACCAAAUUUCUUUGAAAGCUUCGAUUUGGUCAUUGCUUCAAAUCUAAACGAGCGUUCAUUGCUACAGCUAGCCAAUCGUCUGUGGGAAUCCAAUGUGCCGCUUGUCUACUGUCGUUCGUUGGGCAUGCUGGGCAGCAUACGCCUGCAACUAAAAGAGCAUUGCAUUGUGGAAGCGCAUCCCGAUAAUAGGCAGUUCGACUUAAGGUUGGAACACCCAUUUGAUGCCUUACGUGAGCAUCUAGAAAGCACUGAGGUUACAAGUAAAGUGCCCUGGCUGUUGGUGCUCUACAAAUAUUUAAAACUCUGGCAGAAAGAGCAAGGAGAUGGAAAACAAGCACCCAGCACUUAUAAAGAGAAGACAACGCUACGCGAACUAAUCAGAGCUGCAAUGCAGACCGACGAGGAAAACUAUGAGGAGGCAAUCAAGGCUGUGAAUACUGCAUUUGGUGCUGGCAUGGUGCCAAAAGCGCUUAAAGCUAUAUUCGAGGACGAUGCUUGCGAGCAGUUGCAUAAAAAGAGCGACGCCUUUUGGAUCAUGACCAAGGCAUUGAAGCACUUUGUAGUGGAGGAGAACAAAGGGUAUUUGCCACUGCCAGGUGUGCUGCCCGACAUGACGGCCAAUACAGAUGCUUAUAUAACACUGCAGCAGAUCUAUCGCCAACAGGCGCUGCAAGAUGCCGACCAGGUAUAUCACAAAUGUCAGGAAUAUCUCAAGCAGAUGUCGCUGCCAGCGGACAGCAUAGACGAACGUACAGUGCGUCUAUUUUGCCGUGAGUCUGCAGGUUUGGCUGUUUUGCGUGGAACACGCAUCGCUGACGAGUACGAGAAGAGCUGCCGCUUGCAGCCAUUAGUGGAGGACAAUGAGCUGCAGGAUCCUUUGACUGCUUACAAUUUUGCGCUGCGCGCCUACGAGCGUUUCCUUAGUGAAUGCGGCAGCAUACCCGGCGAAUGCGCCGUCGAGCAGGAUAUUGGACGGCUGAAGAGCAUUGCCAGCAAGAUGCUAACUGAUUUGGGCUUGCAAGCCAGCAUCAGUGACGAUGUGCUGCAUGAGAUAUGUCGCUAUGGCGGUGCAGAGCUGCAUGCAGUGUCUGCUUUUAUUGGCGGCUGCGCUGCUCAGGAGGUUAUCAAGAUCAUUACCACACAAUACAAGCCCAUUGAUAAUACAUUUAUCUAUAAUGCUAUAAGUACUGAAAGUGUUACGUUGAAGUUGUAAAGCAUUAAAGUGCUAAUAAAAAUUGU